UUAAAAGAAACUCAAGUGUGUAAAUAAAAAAAUAAUAUACAUAUAUAUAUAAAUUGGAAAUUAUAUCUGAAAGAUAUAAUUAUUCGAAAUUGAUUUUCAAGGAAUUAUGAGUUUACCCAGCGGCGUUGAUAUGCAAAAUUUAAUGUCGCAACACCCUGUUUUAGGUGCCUUACCACCAGCUUUUUUCCUACGAGCCGCGUCGGAACGAUAUCAGCGCACUCCAAAAUGCGCACGCUGCAGAAACCACGGAGUGGUAAGUGCAUUGAAAGGACACAAGCGGUACUGCAGGUGGCGAGAUUGCGUCUGCGCCAAAUGCACUCUAAUUGCAGAACGUCAACGUGUAAUGGCAGCACAGGUUGCUUUACGCCGCCAACAGGCACAGGAAGAGAAUGAAGCAAGAGAACUCGGCCUAUUGUAUACCAGUGUGCCUGGAUCAGCACAACAAAACAGCACAGAAAAUGGUACAUCAUCUCAGCAACAAAGUCCAGUUGCCCAACAACCAAAUGGCGUAUUUCAUGCGGGCAUACCAUCACCUCCAAGUGACGGUCUGGACACCAGCAACCAUCGCAUUUCUUUCAAUGGCAAUGAAUCGGAUACCGAUAUGCGAAUUUCAAUGAAUUACUCGCCCAAUCGUACAGAAGUCGACAGUCCUGGUUCCAAACGCGCACGGUUAUCAAACGAAACGGAUCAAGACACAGGCUCUGAAUCUAGUCCUAGCAGUCCACGCACUAAAUGCAAAAGUUAUAACAUGUCUGGGAAUUUGUCACCAGCAAGAACUGGUCCACCAAGCUCUCCAGAAUCGGAUCUUGAUGUUGAUUCUGCACCAGAUGAAGCCACACCAGAAAACUUGAGCUUAAAGAAAGAAGACUCCAUAUCACCACCUAAUACACCAUCAGAUAGUUUAAGUCUAUUGCGUACAUUCAACAAUGGCAAUGCACAAGGCUUCAUACCAUAUCAUCAUACGCAAUUUUUAAAUGCUGCAAUGCCCUCGCAAUCUCACAACCAACACUCACCACAUCAACACCAACCACCGAUGCAACAUCAUGCACUGCCACAACAGCAACAACAAAGAUCUCCAGUUGACGUAUUGAUGCGUGUCUUUCCAAAUCGUAGACGCAACGAUGUAGAACAACUACUGCAACGCUAUCGGGGUGACGUUAUACAAGCCAUGGAAGCAAUGCUUUCAGGCGAGGAUAUAUCACAAAAUCUCAUAACGAAUGUAACUGCUGGUGUAACAGUAUCACCACCGACUGUACCACCGUCUCCGCCAUUUCCAUUGAAAUCUGCUUUUUCGCCGCUUGUACCACCUGCAGUAUUUGGUUCUCCUACACAUCGCUACCCGCCUUUUAUGCAAGCUCACGCAAAACGGUUUCUUGCCGCUCCCUACAGUGGCGCCACCUAUUUGCCCGGAGUUUUGGCACCUGAUCUAGAACAAUCCGAAUCGAAUGGCGGUACUUCACUUGAUCGAAACAGUAAUGCCGGCGACUCACAGGAUUGAAACAACGGUUCAGCCGAUUUUAACGGCAUGUUUAGACCCUUCGAAUAAGUUAUCUGCAGUUUGAGUGAUUUUAGAUAUGUAAGUCCAAUACUCUUUGUUCUGGCCAUUAUGUUACCAAAAUUGUAAAUAAAAAAUACUUAUUAAGGAUUUUGUUUUUAAAUUUAGUUAUCUCAAAAACAAAAUAUUAAGGAAAUUUACAACGUUUAGGGAAUACGUC